AUGAGCCACCCUCGACCGGCUCAAGCUGUCAUCGCGGCCGAUGACUCGAGUAAGCCCCGACCUGACACUGCCUCGACCACUGUGACGCUGCUUGACGAGUCGGGCGCCCAUGCGAGACAACAUGCAAACGGUCACGCGAAAGAGGACGCUGCCCAUCUGCCACGGCGUCCAUCUCAGCGAGCAUCAAGUAGCAGCGACGUCUUUGCCUUUGCGCCAGACUCACCCUCGUCUUUGCCAUCACCCUCACGAGCCUACACUAUGAAUGCAGCCGGUAGAGACGCGCCCGUGAUCGAUGCAAGGUCGGACGCACAUCGAUCGCGCACCGGAUCAAUGCAGUCUACUGCCGCUUCGACCCUGGCAGACCAUUCCUUCGAUCUGCCAGCAAACGGCGCCGCAAACCAGCGUGAGUCGACUGCAAGACGACAGCCAGAGCGUAGCACGAGUCGCUUGUCCCUCAGGAACGUCUUUUCGCUCGGUGCUGGUAGACGCAGGCCGUCUGCCUCUGCUUUGACGCCCUUCAACAGAAAAUCAAACAACGGUUACGGACGCGAGAACCUCUCGCUCGGCGAGCUAGAACCCUCGUGCACCUGCAGCCAGCGUCGCGAUUCGGAGGAUACUGUCGCCUCGCAUCGGGCACCUCAAUGCCCCACUGAGACGCAUUCCGGCCAGGAGCCUCGCAGAUCCGGCUUUGCCUGUGUGCCGCGAGCAUUGGACAGUAGCACGGAUGGCAAGCGCAUGCUGUCUCGGGACGACAGCGGCGAUGGCGCAAUGACAACCGCUGGAACCGGCCCGCUGGAAGACAUCGAGACCUCGAAACGUUACAUUCAGUCACAGCUGCAGAACGCUUCGCAGCUAUACAAAUCUCGCUCCGGACGAGGCAAAGAUCCAGAAAAGGCAGACGCGCCCAUCUGGGUAGACUGGGACGGACCCACAGACCCGGCCAAUCCCCUCAAUUUCUCAAAAGCCCGCAAGUGGACGAUCUCACUUAUUGGCAUUCUCUUCUGCGGUGUCGUCUCGCUGUCAACAUCAGGCUAUGCGAUCAUACAAGACUCCAUCCAGGAAAAGCUUGGCGCAUCGCGCGAAGUCGUCAUCCUCGGCGUCACCCUCUUCACGUUUACGUUUGGCAGCGCGCCUUUGCUGCUCGCCCCUCUGAGCGAGGUCUACGGCCGCAAGCCUAUCUAUAUCGCAUCAGCUCUCAUCUUCACCAUAUUCUUCGUUCCGCAAGCUCUCGCUCAGAACAUUGGCACCAUCCUCGUCUCGCGCUUUAUUGCCGGUAUUGGUGGCUCCACGGCAGUAGCACUCGUAGGAGGCACACUGUCAGACCUCUGGCGCGCGCAUGAGCGAGGGCUGCCAAUGUCGCUCUUUGCCCUCAGUGCUUUCGCGUUCACUGGUCUAGGGCCUGUUGCUCUUGGCUACCCGGCCAUGAUCCUUGGCUUCCGCUGGGUGAACUGGAUCAUGUUUGCGGCAUCGGCUUGCUUCUCAGUCUUUGUCAUCUUUGCCAAUCAAGAGACUCGCGCAUCAGUCUUGCUUUCUCGCAAAGCCAAGCGACUUCGCGCAGAGACAGGUGAUGAUCGCUAUCAGUGUCUGGCAGAUGCCGACAAGGAGUCUUUCCGGAUCAUGAUGUCUGUCAGCCUCACACGACCCCUGAGGCUGCUCUUCACGGAACCCAUCCUAGCUGCUCUUGCCUUGUGGAUCAGCAUGGCCUGGGGAACACUCUACCUGCUUCUGGAGGGCAUUCCGAUCGUGUUCGGCCAAGUCUACGGCUUCAACUUGGGCGAACAGGGGCUCGUGUUCUCGACGCAGAUCGUUGGCUCCCUUCUCGGCGUCGGACUGGACGUAUGGUCCAACCGCAAAUAUCUACACAACGUUGCAAGAAAGGGACCCGAAGCGAGACUUUACAUCGCUCUCGUGGCCGCCGUCUGCUUCCCUCUCGGAUACUGGCUCUACACCUGGCUCUCGUGGUCAAGCGUGCAUUGGAUAGCACCUUCCAUAGGUCUGACGAUCGCCUAUAUUGGAUUAUUCGGAACCUAUCUAGCCGUGUUCAAUUAUCUGUCGGAUGCGUAUACCCUUUAUGCCAGCUCGGCGCUGGCGGUCAUGUCAUUCUGCCGCAACGUCACGGGCGCAGUGUUCCCGCUGUUUGCGUCGCAGAUGUACGAUGCUCUGGGUAUACACGGCGCAGGCAGCUUACUUGCCGCUGUCGCCACGCUGCUCGGCGUCAUCCCUUUCCUCAUCUUCAAGUAUGGCGCACUCCUCAGAAGUCGCUCCAAAGUCUCUGUCGAGCUUGUCAGGCUGCAAGCGCAGGAAGAGGCUCGAUACGCAGAAGCUAUGUCACUCGCAAGCAGAAGCAGCCCCGAUGCAUGA